AGUGAAAAGGAGGAGCAGAGAGGCCGGCCGGAGUCAUGGAGCGGCAGCUGGAGCUCGCUGCCCUCGGUCUGGCCUUCGCAGGGUGGCUUUGUGCCAUUCUGACACGCUGUCUGGCCCUGUGGAAGGUGAGCGGCACCCUGGACAACACCACGGCCUCUCUGCCUGCCUACUGGGACGGGGUGUGGCUGGAAUGGGAUCACUGGGACUUGGCCCACGAUGGCAGCCUGCACUGCUCUUUCUACCAGUCUCUCAUGUCUCUUUCUGGAAGUUUUCGGACGUGGAGAGCCCUCAUCAUGGCCGCCAUUGGAGCUGGGGCUUUCGCUGCGGUGAUUGCUGCGGUGGGGGCAGUGUGGUUCCCUAAGCGUGGCCAGAUCAAAGUGUUUUCUGGUGCUCUCUUUGUUUUGUCUGGAAUCCUGCUGCUGGUUCCCACAGCAUGGACGUGCCAUCACAGCAGUCAGCCACUGGAGGGUGCUGUGCUGCUGAGAAGAGACUGGGGACCUGCUCUCUACCUCGGCUGGAUCUCCUUUGCUUUGAUGCUGGUCGGAGGGGUGUUUCUCACCACCAGAUGCCCCACCAGUGAGAGGCAGGUACAGCAGCAUGAAGGGAGCAGGUGCCCGAAUCUAGAGGAGGAGGCUAACCACCCACUGAACAGGAUCAACAGGACUACGUUCACACACAGCCAGUAUGAACGCAGAUCAGAGCCCAUCUGAGGGGGCUGUGUUGUAAUAUAGAACUGAGUGUGACUGAUUAAACUGGAAUAUCAUCAAUAUGUGAAAUGGCUGUGGAUGGAUUUAACAGCAGAGGAAAAAUAUUGAGUAAUGAUGCACUGGUUUAAUAAAGUGUGGAUUUAACAUUAGAGAGCACAGGAACGUGUCAUUUAACUAGUUGUAUUGAUAAAGGUGUGUGUAGGACUUUGAUUUGAAGUGUUUGUUUCAUUUCUGUUGAAGCUAACACACUAUUUAUGCUGCGUAGCAUUGCUUUGCAUUCAAUUCUCACAUCCCAAUUUAAUACCACUGCAACAUGAAACUUCUGAGCUUGUUUGACUUGAUGCAAUAAUUGAUACUGAACUGAUUCCCAUAUUACUGUCUACUGAGACAUAAGACAUUACUGUUUGAGUGAGUUCAUACUGUUCCUAGAACUAAAUACUGUACAUAUGUUACACUACAUUAUAGUAUAUUAUAUAUAUAUAUAUAUAGUACAGCAGUUUCCUAUUUGUUUUGUUUGUUGAGCAGCAAAUGUGUUUACAACUGAGAUGAGACUGAUGAGUC